CACAAAUCUGGCUGAUUGAAAAAGUCACUCUUUUGCAGCGGGGUUUAACCUUGUUAGCGCUAAGCCUGGCUUUUGUGGACAUCAGACCUCUGUGAGAGGAAUCCUCUGUUCGGCUGCAGACGCUGAGACAGAGACACGCUUCUGUUUGGCUCGUCCUACCCCACCCUCCGUCCUCCGUCCUGCACUCGCCAAAAGGGUUCAUACAGAGGCAGUAUCAUUAAAACUCUGUGUGUGUGUGUGUGUGUGUUUGUGUGUUCAGACGCGGGAUGAAGACGCACAUGCAUGCAGGCCUCUCUUCACUCAGGGCCAUCUGGCUGAACGGUCUCGCGCUAAUGGACGCGUUACAUUCAUGCAUGUGUGCUGUUCCGCGUCUCGGUCAGAAAUCUGCUUGACAUGAUCGACACUCGGAUAAUGACAUUAAGGCCCAGAGCGUGAUGUCAUCCAUAACGAGAAGCCUCGACCUCCAUGUUCACGCUUCGAGGCUCACAUGCGGGCGUGUCCCAGCCUGAUCAGGCCGCCGAACUUCCCACUCACACAUCGUCUACCAAAAUCUUCAGUAAAGAGCCUCCGUGCUCCAAAACCGCCCAGACAGAGAGAAAUACAGAGAAAGCAGAACUCCCUAAGGCACUUCUCUGUGAUCUUUCCCAGUGUGCCAGCAUCUCCAUAUCCAAGUGUGGCCUCUCCAGACCCUGUGCUCUCUCCAACACUGUCUGUCCACUCAGGGACUAACCCGGACGAGUUCCUGUCUUUCCAUGUUCACUCUCGGAACUCAGAACACUCCACAAUAAAAAAGGAAGACGUUGUAAGUCAUAGAGAUGUUACUUUUACCAGGCCUUCUUCCCCACAAAUCGACUGUGAGGACUAUGAAGAUCCUAAAGGUGAAGCAGUGGCACCAAUGACAAUGACUCCUGGCACCACAUCAACUCCUGUGACCCCUCUGACACCGAUGACCCCUAUGACCCCAGAUUCUCUUUCAGACCUGAGUCGUCCACCAUCCAGUCAGUUUAGCUUUAGCACUGACCUGAACAGCAGCCUUUCUAAUGCACCUUCUGUAAAUCAAAGUGAUGACUCUGAAGGUGAUGAAGAGGAUACUGAGGAUGGUGAUGAUAUCAACAGUGAUAACCUAGAGGCCUGCUCUUCAUCCUUGUCUGAUCAUUGCUUCAGCUCUCUUGAUGGAGCAUGCUUGGCCUCCUGUUCCCCCUCAACCUCUACUCAAUCAUCUCUCUCCAAAAACCUGAAUUUCCAUAGCCAAGAACCUCAGAAUACUAGCCAUAUAGAAUCCUUAAAGGAAUCUCCAACUAUUCAGGUUGAAGACCCUCUAGUGAAAGAAACCCCACACCCUCUCCAGCUCUCAGUUACGUAUGUUAAAGGAGCGCCAAGCGCUUCUCCUGCAUAUCUGGAUUCUCAAUCCAGACUGGCAUCUGCUUCCCCACGGGAUGUUCCCUUUGGCUGGAAGACCUGCCGCUGGCCUAUACUUCCUCCGAUCACAACUCAGAAAGGUAACCAAGGGUCAAGAGCAUCUCUGAGUUCCCCAAUAAGCUGUUCUCAGUCAGACAUGUUUGAUGAGCUGGAUGCUGCAGCACCUCGGAGUGUGUCCAGUCAGUCCUUGGAUCAUGCUGACUGUAGUGAAACAGAAAUCAUCUCACCUACCACAGAGCUGAGUCCGGGUCUGGCUGCUCUAACGGUCGGCUGUGACUCCGGUGACCUGGGUUCUCUGUCCCGCGUGCAACUCCUGCUGAUGGAAAGAGGAGCAUCUGGGGGUCUGGACCCCUCGCCGGAUCUGGAAUGGAACAGUCCGACAGAGGAGAGAGGAGACUGUGAACCUGGGCUGCAAGUCUGGAGCUUGGGCAUUCCCCAGCAUUAUCAGUGCACAGAUCCUUACGUACAGGUGAGCAGCAGUGUGUCUCUAAGCGUGAGGCAUUUUCCCCUCAGACAAGUGGACAUCAGGAGUGGAAGUCCAGGGCUUAGCGAUGCUGACGACAUCUCCAGAUCUUCCUCCUGGUCUCUCAGCUGUGGCUCGAGAGAAAACACACCCUGUGAAGAACAAGUUACGGCACAAUCCAGAGGAAGUGAUCUCAUCAGCGACGCCGGUCUCCAUCUGAGCACGCAGCCGAUCGGUGAUUUAGAGACCAGAGUGAAUGAAGGAACCCCACAAAAAGGAGCUUGUCCAGGAAAGCGAGAGCGACUGGCUACAGGAGUACACAGAGGACCAAACCAAAUCAAAGACAGGAGGAGAAGGCAUCACAGGAAUAUGCUGGGAGAGAAAGGAGAAGAGCGCAAGUCCAAAGCACUGCAAAUUUACACCAAACUGCGAGACAGAAACCAGUCGAGCGAGCCUAGCAAGCCGAGAAGCUGCUCCAGGUUUGAGGACUUUGAUUUCCUGGCUAAGUACUGCAUUAUCAGUCCUGAGAAGCUCGCCGCCUACAGACGUGCUUUUGAAGCCGUGGACAGCGACGGUGAUGGCUAUCUGUCGUGCUUUCAAGUCCUGCUGGCUCUCAAGGAGAUCAUUCCUCCAGAACUGCUGACUGAAGAGGAGGAAAUCUACGUGUAUAGGAUUCUAGAGCUGGUUGAUUUCAGUGUAACCGAGGGUCUGACGGAUUUGCGUCUCUUCGCCGUCGUCGCCAGUCUGGCUCAGAAAAUAGCCACACUAGAUGAUUUCAUGCGGUCUCUCAUUAGCAAGCUGGACUUCAAGUCUUUGGAGAUGAAGCUGUACAAAGCGAAGCAGUUGUUCCUGUUCCUGCUGGAGGGCCAGUCUGAGGGCAGUGAGGCACCACAGGGUCGUAUCAGUGCCGAACAACUGCUGGUGGAGCUGAAGGCCGGGGGGAUCCGUGAGGAGCAUGAGGAAGAGGUCAGGCGUGAACUCCGUAGCCUUCGCUCUCUCGACCUGCUCGACUUCCUCGCUCACCUGCCCCUCUUCAUCCUUAUCCACAACUCAGUCAUUGCCAACCCACUGGAUGACUCCAGCAACCUGUGAUGGAAACACCAAAGCUGUGUUACAUUUUUUUCUUAUUAUUUUAUGGCAGCCAUAUUGUCAAAACACCCUGUCACAGCUUCCAGUGAUAUUUGUUUAUCCACUACUGCUCAUGAGAAGCGAUUAAACUGACCAGAAUGAGAAUUUUCCUUAUGAAAAGGAGAUUUCUUUGAGAAAUUACAUGGUACACCAAAGUAGGUGAACUUUGAAGAACUUUGGCCUGCAAGUUAUGUGCUGUGGUCUGUUCAGCGAGGAGCUUAAUGGUUAAGGUGUUGGACUACUGAUUAAAAGGUUUUGAGUUCAAAUCCUAUGUCCAGCAGCUGCCACUGCUGGGCCCCUCAGCAAAGCCCUUAAUGCUCAAUAGCUAAGUUGCAUAAAAUGAGAGAAAUUGUCCUCUGUCAUUCUGGAUAAGGUUGUCAGGAAAAAGUCGCUCUGGAUAAGGGUGUCUGUCAAAUGCCAUAAAAUGUAACGCAAUGUUUAAUCUGUAAAUAAAGAAAUUGUUAAAAAUCACACUGGACCUUUUUGUCUCAUUUGC